AUGUCGGUUCCCCUCAUCAAGCUUGGCUAUCUGUUGGUCCGGACACUUUCAAAGCCAAUAGCAAAGAUUGUCACACACCAGGCAGCCGAACAUCCGAGGUUCAGGGAAAUAUGCAUCAGGCUCUCGCAAUCGUACCACAAGAUGGAGGUCAAUCUUCGUUCAAGAGUUGUGUCGGGCGAGACUUCUCCUGAAAUCAGGCCGUUAAACGACCAAAAGGCAAUCCAAUUGGGAGCCAAUUUUAUUGGCGAGUUUGUGAUUUUCGCGAUUGCCGGUGGAGUCUUGCUUGGCGAGUCGCUCAGAUCAAGUGCCUCUGAGCGGCAGAAAAAGGAGCAACUCGAUAUGAGGAUCUUUGCACUGGAACAGGCUGUGAUGAAGAUUCCCGAGCUGGAGGCUCAACUGCUGCUAAUGGCAAGGGACGCUGUUGAAAAUAAGGGUUUAAAGUAG